GUGAUGACAACAAUCAAAAAUGUGUUACAGAUGAUAUGGGAAUCAUUGAAAGGGAUGAAUAAGUACAUGUACAUCAUAUUAGUCGUGGUCUUUACUGGGUGGGCUGCGUGGACUCCCCUCAACCAAGGGUUCCAAAUUUUGACGAACAAUUAUUUCUUUGCAAAUCCAACAGACGCAUUCUUUUUUUAUAACUUGGGGCGUCUACUCUUUGCAGUGGCUAUGUCAUUCUCUGCAUUGUUCUUUGCGAUAUUAAAUAGAGUUCCUGAAAUCACACUGUGUGCGUCGAAUGUACUUUCUUUUGCUUGGACAUUACUCUUGGCGGUUGAUGCAAGGGUAUUCACUGAAGCCUCACCAUAUAUCUGCUGUCUGUUUUUACUUGUCGCGCCAAUGUAUUCACAACUCAUAUCACUUCCUUAUGCAUUUGUCAGGAACGUUGUGAAGACAGACGACUUUGGGUUCUUUGUUGGUGUUGUCAACACAGCAAUUACUCUGGCUCAACUGUUCUCGAAUAUCCCUAUUUUGGCAAUUCAAAUCGUUUCAGAAGCUUCGUCGGCUUUUGUUUGUUCAAACGGAAACACACAGUCAUCAGCAUCAGUUCGGGCUGAUAGCCUGUCAUCAAAUAGUACCGAAAACUUUGGAGAUGAGUUGAGGUGGUUCACUUUCGGGUACGGAUUCUUUUUCUUGCUGUCGGGAUCCGUUGCUCUUCUUCUCAAAAAGGUUUCAAGCGCCACAAAAAUCAACGAAAGAGUCAGCCAGCCCGUCUUUGAAGAGAAUUUGGACGAGCACAAACUCCUGUUGGAGUAA